AUGCUUGAUGUUACAUUACCCUAUCAAUCAUUAAUUGGUGAACCCGAUUCUGAUGCUAUUGAAAUGUUUUGUGGUCAAAUACCACGGACGAUGUUAGAGAAUGAAUUACGUCUUUUGUUUGAACAUUAUGGACGAAUAUAUAAAUUAAAUAUUUUACGUGAUAAACAAACUGGUGAAUCCAAAGGUUGUUGUUUUAUAACUUAUUAUACACGUCAAGCUGCACUUAAUGCUCAAAAUGCUUUACAUAAUUUAAUGAUUUUACCUGGUAUGCAUCAUGCUAUACAAAUGAAACCAGCUGAUACAGAAAAUCGUAAUGAAAGAAAAAUUUUCAUUGGUAUGAUAUCAAAAUCGUGUAAUGAAGAUGAUAUUAAACAAUUAUUUUUACCAUUUGGUAUAAUUGAAGAAUGUACCGUACUUCGUGAUUUAAAUAAUCGAUCACGUGGUUGUGCAUUUAUAACUUAUCAAAAACGACAAUCAGCUUUCAAUGCUAUAAAAACUAUGCAUCAUUCAUGUACAAUGGAUGGUUGUUUAUCGUCAUUAAAUGUUCGUUUUGCUGAUACAUCAAAAGAUAAAGAAGUUAGAAAAAUACAACAAAAAUUUAAUGAAAAUCUUCGUCAACAGAUAACAACAAAUAAAACAAAUGAAAAUUUAAAUUCUUUUAAUUUAAUGCUUUUUAAUCAACUUUCUUCCAAUGAUCUAUCUUGUGGAGAUAGUAAUACAAAUAAUAUAUUUUCACUUUCUAAUAUCUUUGCAUCAAAAACUGAGUGGCAAGAUGUCGGAACUAUAGAAAAUAAUUCUCGUAAAUUAAAUGAUCGAAUUUCUGCAGUUAAUAGAAUGAAUAUAAAUACAUCUUUAUUAUAUGAUGAAGAUCAAAAUACAAAACAACAACAUAUAAUUAAUAAUAAAGAUAACCUGUCAACACUGACUAAUCUCUUUGUCAAUAAUGAAAUAAAUCCAUAUACAUGGCCUAAUGUAACAGAUGAUGAUCAUCUUCAUCGAUUAGAUGACUUCCUGUCAUCAACUACAAAUAGAACAUUAAAUAUUCAUAACCUUUCAUCUCCUAAAUAUAAUAAUUCUCCAUUAUUAACUAAACAACAAAAUAACAAUAAUUCUCAAUUAAUAAAUAUAAACGAUGAAAAGCAAAUAAUUGGACCAUUAGGAUCUAAUCUUUUCAUCUAUCAUCUUCCAUCCGAAUUUACUGAUCAUGAUUUAGCACAAACAUUUUCACCAUUUGGAAAUAUUCUAUCUGCUAAAGUCUUUAUUGAUAAAGUAACAAAACGAAGUAAAUGUUUUGGUUUUAUUUCCUAUGAUAAUAUCUAUUCUGCUAAUCAAGCCAUCAAACAAAUGAAUGGCUUUCAAAUUGGUUUCAAACAUUUAAAAGUUCAAUUAAAAAAAAAUUUAUAUUGA